GUCUUCCCCGUUAAGCCAGCUGACGACCGACGUCGAGAUCACCUCCAGUCAGCCAACCAUCAAUAAUCCGAGAACCUGCAGGAGAGACCGCGCGCCAAAAUCUGCUUUUGCCAGAGACACACCUUUUUGGCCCCGUCUGCCUCUCUGCCUGUAGCGUAGAUGCAGGACUGGUAAGCAGCGCUGGCGCCAGUGUUUGAAAUUUGUGACGCCGCAUGGCUAAUUGGCCCUCAAAAGGCGUCACAUAGCAGAAAAUGUCCUCGGCGAACCCCCUCGUGACCUCCGCGACAACAGCGUCUCCCCCUGCUCAUAUGGCUAAUGGCAUCGCAUCGCCUUCAAAAUCCGACCCGGCCUUGACAAACGGUUACUCCGGCCACCCACACGACACUCGUCCUGCACCCGCCCCUCCCGUCGCAGCAGCCUCUAAGAAGGGCAAGCAGAAGAAAGCUAUGGAUUCCAACGAGGCCUCCAAACUUGUGGCUGCGAGAAUCUCGCAACUCGAACUCGAUGCUGCAGGUGAGAAGGAUCAGGAAGUCGAAAUUGAACGAGAGGUGAAGAAGGCAAACCGAGAACUGCACAGCCAGACGUCAAAGAUGAGCGAGCUACAAAAAAUCGACCAUCUUACGAAGAGAUGCUCCGACCUACUGGCUGAGAUGAAGCGCCACGAGAGGGAGAGCAUCAAGAACAAGAAACGGGGCGAUCAGCUGCAGAAGGAGAAGGACUCGAGCCGGACCGAGUUGAGCAAGACAGUUGGCCUGAAGGAGAAGCUGGAGAAGCUGUGCCGGGAACUGCAGAAGGAAAACAACAAACUCAAGAACGAGAACAAGACCUUGUCGGAUACCCAGAUCAGGAAUCAGAAUUCUUGGGACGAGAAGUACUCGACGCUACUGCAAAAACUGGACGAUUAUCAGGAGGAGAAAGACAAUCCCCGGAGGCAGGUCGUGGACAUGGAGGUGGACGAAUUGUUCCGCCAAAGAUUCAAAUCGCUUAUCGAGCAGUACGAGCUUCGGGAACUGCACUUCCAUUCCCUCAUGCGAACGAAGGAGUUUGAGGUCCAGUACAAUCUUGCCCGCUACGAGAGGGAAAAGAAGAGUGCCGAGGGCGAAACAACUCGGUCGAGGCAACUGAACUCGCAGGUGCAGACCUUCUCCAAGACGGAAGCAGAGCUUCGGCAGCAGCUGAACGUAUACGUCGACAAGUUCAAGCAGGUGGAGGACACCCUCAAUAACAGUAACGACCUAUUCCUAACGUUCCGCAAGGAGAUGGAGGAUAUGUCCAAGAAGACGAAGCGGCUGGAGAAGGAGAACGAGGGGCUCAAGCGAAAGCACGAGGCCAUGAACGCCAAUAUCUUCAAGAUGGCCGAGGAGAGGACAAAAUACCUCAAAGACAUUGAGGACCUCAAGAAAAAGGAGGCCAAGCUUAAUGGCAUCAUCAAACAGAUGCAGCAGCAGGGACGGGGAAUACCGCAGGGCCUCGCCGGUGCAGUCGAGAACGGCUAUGCGGAAGCCGAGGGAGACCUGGAAGGCGACGAGAGCGAGUACGAGUACGAGGAAGACGAGGAAGGCGAGGAUGAAGUCAGCGACGAUGGAGAGGAAUACGACGACGAGACGGAAGACGAGUUGCACCACGAGCCUCAGCCAUAUGGGCCUGAGCGGCCACCGCCGGCUGCCACUGUUGCCACCCCUGCGACGGCUGCUACGGCUGCCACGACUAACGGUCAUCGCUAGGUAAUGGAGCGGACUUGAUCUACCGUCCGUCGACAGUUAUCUCAAUGUACGCUUCAGUCUUCGCGGCGAAAAUCCUGGGUAGUGUCACAGCCCAAGCUCUCGAUGCUUUAAUGUAGUAUCGGAUGGGUUUAUAUCCCUAGGUAGCCUUGUAUGUACACUAUAGAAGUAUGUACAAACACUUUAUU